CCGUGGCACAGCCAGUAGGGCGAGAAAGUUUUUCGCGAUUUGCAAAAAUUGGUUUCUAAAGUUUUGAUUGUUUGAUGAAUGUUGAAAAAACGCCUCCAAACUAACAUGAUACAAUUUGUGAUCAACUAGUGCUAGUACGGGUACGAUUGAGCGCCCACGAAAAGGGGCGUAAUUACCAAACAGCGUUGAUUUUUUUUUGUUAUCAAUUCAAUGACACUACUAUAAAGGCACAUUAUUUUUGGUGACUGUUUUCUGAUUUGGUGAAGUUAUGCCGUCAACCCUAAUAGCAGUUUAGCCAGUCGAAAGUUUGUGCUUUUUGGAGUGAUUAAUACGAUACUUGGUUUUCGUACGCCACGGCAUACUGCUUGUAUGAGCGAUUGUCGAUGCUUAUCUAGGGUACCUACGCGAGAGGAAAAAGUGUUUCAAUUUUGCAUCAACUAGAACCAGAGCAGAGCGGUUGGUUGCGGUCAACAAUCAAUGUUCAGUCUAAAUACGAACGCGGUGCAUGAAAAGUCGUCGUCGUCGUCGUCAUCGUCGUAGUGAGUAAUUAACCGUGCAAUAAUUUCCAUAGCAAGCGGUGCAAACGAGUCAUGCCGACUAUUGUGCAUUCUGUCAAGGAUUACUUGGAUAGUGUAGAACGUUUGCAGAAAUGUAGUGAUGGUGCUUCUAUCGUAUACCACUAACCAGCGAGUUAUAUAAGUCGAGUGAUAUUUUGGCGACGGUUCACAAAAGGACCCAUAUUUAAUGACACUGGAAAUCGAUUACCUCAUAUUGCGAUUGCGAGUAUAAGACACACAAAAAAACGCAAGAUCGAGACGAACAAAAAACUAAAAUACACCCUAAUUAGGAGCCAAUAGAUGUCCGCCCACUUUCCUGUUGUCUCUUCCGCACUAGCCUACUUAUCUGAAUAGGAAUUCUGAAUAGAAGACAAAAACAUCAAUAAUCCACAUUUAUUGGAAACGGGAGCUGAGACUGAACCUCAUCAAAAAUUUGAAAUGCAUCGAUCAUGAGAUUCCCCAAGGUAUCGCCGAAAAAGUGUUUCUUUCUUGUUUUAUGUUUCGCCGUUCUCGUGCUACUAGUUUUCAAUUUGAGAGAGUUGAACAGUAAAGCCACGCAUCCCAUCUACAAUCGGGAUGAGUACCAAGUGGAGUACAACAACCAGGAUCACGUCAAGGAUGAGCCAAUCCACACAACGGAAGUCCUGGAACGACUGGCCCAAUUGGACCGCGACAGCGACAAACUGGACGCCAGAAGUCAACCGGAGGAUCAACCACUGCACAGCAUGAACGAGAUCAGCUAUAGCGAGCGGCCAUGGUACUUGUCCAAUGGCGUCCGCUACCCGAAACCCGUACGGCGCAAUCGCAAGACAAACAAACGGAUCGCUCGACUUCUACCAUCGGAAACGUUACGCAGCGAUCGGAUAACCAAUCAACUGAUGUUUGUACCACCCAACUACGAGGCCAUCAAGCGCAAGGGUAAGCUGAAAACGAUCCUCCUCUACAACGGACUGGGACCGUGGAAUGUGAAAGCCGGUCGGGAUGUGUUCCACAAUUCCAAGUGUCCGGUCUCGACGUGCAGUAUUACGUCUGCUCGGGAGAAGGUCAUCACUGCGGAUUUGAUCCUGUACAAAGACCACUACAUACCGCCGGCCGUGCCACGAUCGCCGCAUCAGAUCUACAUGAUGUACUUCCUGGAGUGCCCCUACCACACGCAGCACGUCAAAUUUCCCGACGUGUUCAACUGGACGGCCACUUACAGGAAGGACAGCGACGUGGUAGCCCCGUACGAGAAAUGGGAAUACUUCGAUCCCCGGAUCCGCCAAGCCGAACAGGAUCGCAACUACGCACUGAACAAAACCCGCAAGGUGGCCUGGUUCGUGUCCAACUGUGGAGCCCGGAACGGACGCCUGCAGUACGCACACGAGCUCCAGAAACAUAUUCAGGUGGACAUUUACGGCGCCUGCGGGACCUAUAAAUGUUCCCGUACCACAGCGGAAAAGUGUUUCGAAAUCCUCGACCGAGACUACAAGUUCUACCUAGCGUUCGAGAAUUCCAACUGCAAGGACUACAUCACGGAAAAGUUCUUCGUGAAUGCCUUAAAUCGUAACAUCCUGCCGAUCGUGAUGGGCGCUCGGCCGGAGGACUACGAAGCCAGUUCCCCUCAGAAAUCCUACAUCCACGUGGAUGAAUUUGCCUCGCCCAAGGAACUGGCCGAGUAUCUCAACAUACUGAACCGCAACGACGAGCUGUACAAUUCCUACUUUAAGUGGAAGGGUACGGGGGAGUUCAUCAACACGUACUUUUGGUGCAGACUUUGCGCAAUGCUGCACGAUGAAGCGUCCUUCCAGAAGCCCAAGUGGUACGAUGACAUCAACGACUGGUGGCGAGGCCCGGGCGUCUGUACGAAUGGGUCCUGGCGCAACUUCCACGCACGGAAGGACGCCAUCAGCGAGGAAUAGUGAAUGGAAGAGCUAGGGAAUAAUCAAAAUUUGCGAUCGAUGUGAUUCGUUUGGAUUUAGUUUACCAUUCUUUUUCGGGAUAAAGCCGAACCAUACUCGGCUUUCAUACCACAGUCCAAGCCAAAAGGAGGCAAGCCAGGAAAGCGAAAGGAAUUAGCUCGUAUCUAUAGUUUAGGGAAUUCAAUUGACUUAGUAGGAACUUAGUUUGUUCGAGUAAACUGGAAACCAAAAAAAAAAAACUAUCUAGUCCAACUUUACCAGACUUGAAUAGUGGAAGACGGAAGGAUCUCACAGGAAAUAAGAAGUAAAUUAAGCAGGAGGAGCCGAACAAUCGCAUAACAUGACACAAAUUCUAAGUUUAGUUAGUGGAGAACAUUUCAACUACUACUACCUACCACUGGUGUACGUACAGUUUAGGGAUAAACGCAUUGCUGCUCAUUUGUGAUUUUAGUUGUAUUGAGUUAGUUGUUGUUACCUUAGUCUAAUUAUAUCAUUAAUCACGUCUCAACUGAAUCUAUCUCAUUCAUUUAUCAGCAUUAAUCAGCAUAAAAAAACAUCCGUACUUUUUGGCAACGUGAAGACCGAAACCGAAACCAAUGAAGAAAAAGUCUAUUGCCAAGUGAUAUUCUUCGCAUUACAAUAUUAAUUACCGACGUUCACACACAAACAAACUACCGAUUUUAGUUAGACGUUUUGUCAUCUGAGAGGCAAAUUAGUUCAAAUUGACAACUAGCACGUAUGAGUUACUGAGUCAAUUCGAUAAAAGUAAUAGCAUUCAAACUAGGCAUGUUACAAUCCACUAUUGUUCUGGAGGGAUCUCCGAGUCCGAAAAGGGGAACGUAAACGAACAGCAAGAAAAGGAAAAACACAGGAGUGUUAGCGGUAAGGAGAACAAGAACAUUGUUCAAAUAAAUUUAUGUUACUUAAUGAUAUUUGCUAAUUUAAAUGAUAAUAAAGUAAAGAAAACAAGGAUAUAUCAAUCUUUUUUGGUGUAGAUAUUUGAAUUCAAUGGAA